CACCACCAAGACUUGCGCCGGGCUUUUGUUUUGCAUUGCUCCUCCAUUUGCAUGCAAUUCUCAGGUGUGUUUUUUUCCCCCAGCGCCACGCUUCAGUCCCCGUGAGCCUGGCGCGCGCAGAUACACGCGCAUACACACACGCACACGCACGCCUCCUCGGACGCUCCCGCUCGAAACGACUUUCCGCGUUCGGAAAUCCCUUCAGAAAAACCUUCCUUUGUUGGGAGAAAAAAAACAAACAAACAAAAAAAAAGGGCAGGAGGUAUUUAUUUUUUCAGCCCCACGUACAGGGGGACGUCCCCAGUUACCCCACGCAGGAAGACAGAAGAAGCGCGCGAGGCAAGCAGGACUGCGCGCGCUAAAAGGCUUGAGCGGUCGAGAAGGGGAAAAAAGAGAGGCUCGCCGCGAAGCGUGCGCGUGUGCGGUGUGUGCGCUCGUAUACGCGGGUGUGUGCGUGCGUCCCUGCGCGCGUGUUUUUUUUCUCUGCGUGUGUGAGAGAGAGAGUGUCCUCGCUCGCGGAGAGAAAGAGAGGAGGGAGGGUUAAACGGAGCGGCAGCUGCGGUUUUUAGCGCGCCUGGCUUCCGUGCUUUCAGCAUGUCGGAGGUGCUGCCAUACAGCGAGGAAAAAAUGGCUCAUUACGGGAACGACGGCGACGACGAGGAUCACCUCUCGUUCACCUGUCGCCUGCAGGACACCAACAACUUCUUCAGCGGCAACCAAAACAAGCGACCACCCAAGCUUGGCCAGAUUGGGAGAAGCAAACGAGUAGAGGAAGAUGGUGAUGCUGAGGGGCUGGAGAAGGCGGCGGACAAGUCGUCUUCGUCUGCGUGAGUGGAUUCCAAAGACACUUGACCUUUGAUGUGUGUACCCAAAGACAUUGUAAAGAAGCACCCCCCUCUUCCAUCUGGCAACCAAGCACGUCACACUCUUGCUCUCCGAACACCCUCUUUCCAUCGAACAGGGAUGGCUGAUGGACAAUGCGGCGGGCAUGCACGGGAAUCUGGACGAAAAGUGGGCCCAGGAAUGGGAAAGGGAAUACUGUGUUUUCCAAACUUCAUUCGAGCUAUGUGCAAUGAGGGGGGCAUUGCCUUGUUUAAGCAAGGCUGGCCUGUCCUACCGGGAUAUAACGAAGCAAUUAGAGUGACUGAGCAAAUUGUACCAUUAACAUCGAACCAGUAUCUUCUUCCCCAAAGCUGUAGUUCCGAGGCUUAGCUGAGUCGCUGGCUGAUGAUGUUAAUGGUAAAAUAGCAAUGUCGACUUCUCUUCCACCGUGAAUUUCAAAAGGAGAUUCACUAUGUAUUUAAGAUAAAAAAGGCUAUUUAUUAAAUCUUUGGAUACCUUUUUUUGCAGUGUUGGAGGUCUGAGCAAAAUUUUAUAGAGAAUGACAGGAAAAUCCUAAUUUUCCUUUUAUGCUUUUUGUUUUGGAUGUAGCUUGACUAAGGAAUUACCAUGGUCUACCCCAAAUAUACCCCUGCACCCCCUGUAUCCCCCACUUCUCCCACCCCGAACCCAACCCUCCUUUCUUGCUAUUUCAUGCAUUCGAUGUUUCUAAGCUGACAACGGUUAGAUCAGGUAUAACGAGUUAAAAAAAGCAAAAAAAAAAAAAAAAAAAAAAAAAAAACAAAAAACAGAAACCUUACUGUCGCAUUACGAUUAUUAUUGUACUACAUAUUUACCGUAGGUGUGCCAAUUAAUCAUGACAGAAAUAUGUAUUUCUGUGCUCUCUUCACACGCACAGUUUUAUUAAUAUUCGGUGUUCAUGUUUACAGGGCUUUUUUCAUACUAGUGAUGUACUUUAGUCAUGCAUGAAGAACCUGACGACCUCAAGAGAAUCUUAUAUAACAGCUAAUGUUGUGUUGAUUUCACAGAAAAAAAGUUUCUACGGGAAUAUCUGUAAUAUUAAAGAUUUUGAGAAAUGGAAUGAGAAAAAAAAAACCCUGGUUUUGUCACAAAUAUUUCUGCAUUGGGGUAAAUCAAUGUGUAUUGUGUGUGUGUGGUGUUUUGGGUGCGUUGUGUUUAUAUAAAUCCAGGGGACGUGACAUUUCCGUAA